CCCCUGUCGGAGAACAGCGGCGUCUGGGAGGGAGGAGAAAAGGAACAAGCCGAGAGAAAACAGAGGGGAGGAGGAGGGGGAAAAAAAGACAGGAGCGCAGCGAGGAGGACGUGAACACACCGGAGAAGAGGACGCUGCUGCUUCAGUGAGACCCUUCGUGAUUGGAUGAAGAGAGAACCACUGACUACCAGUAUGGACGUGCUCCAUCCUGGAAUUUCCCACAAUCCUUAGUUUUCUGGUCUGCAGCUGAGUCUACUGAACCCUGAACUGUGACCAGCGCCAGUCUAUGACUGACCUCCUGUCAGGUGAACUGUCUUGUGCCACAAUGAUGUCAGUAGAUGUGACCAAUCACAAUGGCCCGGCUGCCACGCCUCCCACCUCACUCAGCCUUCACUCCUCACACAACCAGCUGCUCAGCAGUGAUGUCAUCAAGCAGGGCUCCGCCACGCCUCCCAAGUGUCGCAAAAAGUAUGCACUUACGAGUAUCCAAGCUGCCAUGGGCCUCGGAGAAGCAGUGCCACCUUCAUCAUCACCAUCAUCAUCCCCAUCACAGUCUUCAACCCCCAACAAUCCCAAACUAGCCAAGAACGGGGUCAACCAGCUUCGUAAAGCCGGUCAGGAUCACAACAAAAACACCACCGGCCCUGACCUGACGGACCUGGAGUGUAAUUCAGAAACUACAGCAGAUGACCUCAAUGUCAACACAGCUGAGGAGCAUGAUAGUCACACUCUCACCAAUAAUGACAGAGAGGAUGAUGUCAUUAAGCUAGAUGUAGAAUUGCACCCAGACUCAAACACUGAUGCAGAGCAGAAAACCGAAUCAGAGAUAGACUUUAACAUUAACAUGACUGUGGAGCUCAAAAUGAACGGCAACACAACAGAUUUGGGCUUUGACUUGAACACUGAGGCAGAGGAGAGCGAUGACAUCAGCAUUCUGUCUGAGAAGGAAAUUACGUCAAAGAUGAAGAUUGAGGAAGAUGGAGAUGAGGUGGUGGUGGUGGAGGAGCAGGAAGACGAGGAGAAGAAGCCUUUACUGAUGAUAAAAAGUGAGUCUCCCGUGAAGAACCACAAAGUUUCUUCAGACCUGGAGCUCAUCUCUGACCUCCACUCCAACCUCAAGCUCCUCAAAUCAGGCAAGGACUCUCCGGUGCCUCCUCCUCCCUCCAUACCCAGGCAAGCCAGCCCAGAGGACACGCCAUUACUCUCUGUGGCCUCCUGUUCCUCCUCUUCCUCCUCGUCUCCAGAGACGAAGAAGGACAGAAGGACUGGCGCAAAAACAGACUGUGCUUUGAACCGCAUCCAGAAUCUGAACCCCAGUGACGAGGAGUUGAGUUGGACCACACUGUCCCAGGAGAGCAACUCCCCAGAGGAAACAGAUAUCUGGAGUGAGCAGUCAUUCCAGACAGACCCUGACCUGCCUCCAGGAUGGAAGAAGAUCACAGACAUGGCCGGUAUCUACUACUGGCACAUUCCUACAGGCACCACCCAGUGGGAGAGGCCUGCCACCCGCCCAGCACCCUCUGGGCAGACAGAGUCCCAGGCCCUGGGCGACCACACAGCCUUUACACCACGUAAACACUCCCUGGGCUCACUCAGCCCUUCACCCACUCCUGAUCAUGAGUCGUGCCAGGCAGAUAUCUUCUUCAGGGCGUCAACUCAUUCAGGCAGCACCACCUCUGACAGCUCAGUGGAGCCUCUCUCCACUCUCGAGCCCACCCUCACCACAUGUGGAUUUGUCAACAGCUGCUACUUUCCUCGUUCCACAUCUCUGCAGGGGAUGCCUGAUCAAGAGCAUCACGAAGAUGAGGACAAGAAACAGGUGUGGAGUGAUUUUGGCGGAAAGAUUGAUAGUGAAGUGUGGAAGGACCUGCAGGCAGCCACGGUGAACCCUGACCCCAGUCUGAAGGAGUUUGAGGGUGCUACACUUCGCUACGCAUCACUCAAGCUAAGGAACCGUCCAGCAGUGGAAGAGGAGGAGUCCAGCAGUGGCAACAGUGACCCAGAAGCAAAAUGUUUUGCAGUGCGCUCUCUGGGAUGGGUGGAGAUGGCUGAGGAGGACUUGGCUCCUGGAAAGAGCAGUGUUGCUGUUAACAACUGCAUCCGACAGCUGUCCUACUGCAAGAAUGACAUCCGAGACACAGUCGGCAUCUGGGGAGAGGGGAAGGACAUGUACCUGGUGCUGGAGAAUAAUAUGUUGAACCUGGUCGACCCCAUGGACCGCAGUGUGCUUCACUCUCAGCCAAUCGCAAGCAUCCGUGUCUGGGGUGUUGGCCGGGACAACGGCAGAGAGAGGGACUUUGCAUAUGUGGCGCGAGAUAAAAACACCAGGAUCCUGAAAUGUCAUGUGUUCCGCUGUGAUACGCCAGCCAAAGCCAUCGCCACCAGCCUGCAUGAGAUCUGCUCCCGGAUAAUGACAGAGCGAAAGAAUGCCAAAGCGAUGGCAGGAGCCUCUCUCCAGGACAGGAUGCAGGCAGGACUAGAUCUCCCUUUACAAGCAGAGUUCCCCACACCAAAGACAGAGCUGGUUCAGAAGUUUCAGGUGCUCUACCUUGGGAUGUUGCCUGUGGCCAGACCAAUAGGCAUGGACAUAUUGAAUGGAGCUAUAGACAGUCUAAUCAGUUCUUCCAACAGAGAGGACUGGACUCCGGUUGCCCUCAAUGUGGCAGAUGCUACUGUCACCAUCAGCAAAGACAAGGACGAAGAGGAAGUGCUGGUGGAGUGUCGUGUUCGUUUCCUGUCUUUCAUGGGCGUUGGGCGUGACGUGCACACGUUUGCUUUCAUCAUGGAUGCUGGCGGCCAUCGUUUUGACUGUCACGUCUUCUGGUGUGAGCCCAACGCUGGAAAUGUGUCGGAGGCUGUACAGGCAGCUUGUAUGCUGCGGUAUCAGAAGUGUUUGGUGGCUCGACCCCCCUCCCAGAAGGCCUGCGCCUCGUCGCCCCCUGGUGACUCGGUGUCCCGUCGGGUCUCAACCAGUGUGAAGAGGGGCGUCCUGUCUCUCAUCGACACCCUCAAACAGAAGAGACCCGUCACCGAGUUGCCGCAGUAACCGCGGUUAAGCGCUACCGACUCCCUUCCACAACCCCCAGUCACCAUGGUAACUAGUCGCAUCGCUGCCAAAACCCGUCGCCACCACAUACCCCAGUAACCAUGGAAACACAUCAAAGCCCCGGGGUUUGGGGAACCCUGCCACAGUUCCUUUGCUUUUCUGGAGUAAAAUUGAAAUUUCACCUCAAGAGUUUAUCAGUUCUUGAGCAGCAACUCAAAUCAGUUUCCUUAAACAUAACUGAGAUGUAUAAAGACUCUAAUCCCACAUGAAGAAGGAACAACCACAGAGAAACCCCUGAAUGGUGAUCGUAAAGGUCAUAGUGUACAUAGAAGUAACUCUCUUCCCUCUCCGCACAGAGAAGGAGUGAGGAGAAGAGAGCAAAAACUGAAGAAGAAGGAAGUGCUCCUUCAAGCACAGCACGUGUGAUGAGCGAGCUCUUUGCUGCCCAAACUGCUUAUCUCUCCAUGCUCUAAUUGUAUUUGUGUCUGUGCCUGUUCUGCCAGCAUGACCUUGCACACCUGGCCACGCCCUCCUGUCAUUCACCUGGUUGUCCUGUUAGUCUUUAGUGGCGUUUCCCCUCAUCUGUCCCUCUUUCUCAUUGUCCUCAGUAGACUGUAACGUGAAGUAAAUGAAAGGAAAGAAUCAUGAAAGCCAUCGCGUCUGAUUUUCCAAUCAGUAUGUAAUGAAUGAAUGAAAGAAGGAAGCUGCUACAGACUAAAGAGAUUCGGUUGUCAGUCUACACACCUGUUCAGCUGAUCCUGCAUGAACUUUUCAUAUAAAAGUGAACCAUUCUAGACAAUAUCAAUACACUGCUGCUGCUUUCAGAGACUGAAGGGGUGAGAAAUCCGAAGCCACACUUAUUUUUCUUCAUCUUCUUAUUUCUUUGUUUUUCGUCAACUGUGCAAGAAUCAGCCUGGAGGGUCUAAACGAGUGGUGACCUUUCACCCGAAACAUCCUUCAUAUACUUCCUGUUUACUUCUUGUCUUUAUUCUUUUGCCAUCCCUCGGAAAAUGACAGAUGAUAGCCAUAACUGAGGAAGAGAUGCAGGGAUGGUAAACAGUACUAGACUGCUGCUCCUAACACAGGAGACAUCAGCAUGCUGCUGCUGCUGUUUGAUACACAUGCUGGAGGAAAUUUGACAAAUUAUUCCUUUAAAUCCCACCUCAGUAUCAGUCCCCACAGAGUUCAUUUCCACUAAUAAAAGGGGAUUGGCAACACAAGAAAGGCUAGAGGAAUCAUGCAGAGAAGAAGACUGGAGGACUGUGUGUUUGUACCCGGGGAUGGUGAUGAUGAUUUUGUCCACAGCUGAGAUCUGAACUGUGAGGAGGUGAGAAGGAGAGAGAGAGACAGGUUUCACCUCCAGCCUUGGCUGUUUUUCGAGAGGAAAGCCAACAGAGAGACAUGUUGGCUCAAACCAACAGGACUUUCCUGGGCUGCUGUCUAUCUGUCUCCAGGGUUCUGUUCACUUGAAUGCGCCUUCUCUGUUUUUUCAUUUCCUACUUCCUUGUUGUACGACUGUUUUCAUCCAGUGCCACAAGAUCACUCCCUUUUGUUGUGUUUUCUGUAGUUUUUCUCAUACAAAUCUUAAUUCAACACUGCUAGCUCCUUAUUAUUACACAUCUGACAAACUUGGAUGUAUGGUAAUAACUAAUGAAGUCCUUUAUUGCAACUAAAAUCAUAAACACAUUUCCCCCCCUGGCAGUUCUCUUGAUGUAGGGCUGCAGAUUAAUACUGAACCUCUAUAAUUGACCGUUUGCUAAACCCCUCCACCAGACAGCGAUCGUCUCAUCACAGUUUAGGAACCGUACCUAGGCAUGGCCACCCUGUCACGCUUUUGAAUUGCUCUGCAUGUAGAAGCAGUGUAACCAAUUCUCGGUAUGUAAAUAAUUUGGAGGGUUGUAACUUUUUUUUAUAUCACCUUUCUAAAACCAAUAACACAGCUGUGUGUUUUUCUGCUUUAACGUAAGCUGCAUGUCAGGCUAACUAGCUUACUGUUGAUAGCUAACUAUAUUUUGUGGGUUUAUAGGUUACAUUAAAAAAAAGAAGCUCAGUUCUCAUAUCCUCUGUGUAUUAUUCCCCGCUGUAAGAUGGUCCUGGAUGCUACUAUAUCAAAGUUAAGGGUAACUUUAACAGCUCUGUCCUGCUCUUUAUUGGAUUUGAGGAAGUUCACGCUCCAGCAAACCCAGCCAAGCGUUAUGAUCACCAAACACAUUAGUUAGUCCUCUUCCUAAAAGCCUGAAGACAUAUACUGUUUGAAAAUAUGAACAAUAAAGCAUAAAUCUAACCUCUGUCUUGGUUGUUCAAGUAUGUAAGCAAAGCAGCCAGACAGGGUUAUGUGAAUGAAAUAAGAGUCUAUUAUUUUCCUUAUUGUACUUUCUUACUAAUACCAGGACUAACUAGCUUUACACUGCAGUACAAGAACACAGUUUCUUUAUUUCCAUUUUCUUCUGCAUAUAUCAACUGCUGAGGAGGCUAACUUUUUGCCGGAACAUGUAGCUUUAGCUUCAGUCUUUUAGCGUGAAAUUGUGUAUGUAGCCAUCAAGUGCAUAUUCAAGACCCCUUUCACUUUAAUCUAUUUUUAAAAUGACAUUAAAAGUCAGCCAGAGACGGAACUCAUGGAGCUAACAUUAGCUUAAUUAGUUAGCUAGCAAGCUGAUAAAAUCUGCUUAGGACAGUUUUCAUUUCAGCUGCCAAAAUUGAUGGUCGCCAGUUAGAAUGACAAGCUGCUUUUAUUUAUUUCUGCGUGAAAUCACAGAACCAUUAUUUCAAAAAUUACUGCAAAUUUAGAGUUGUAAAUCUGCCUCCAUUUUUGUAAAUUGCAUAUAUGCCAUGUGAGAAAGGAAAGCUUGAGAGCUUGCAACACUAACUAAAGGGGGGCGGGGCUUAACAAACGGUCAAAUCAAACAUCUGUAGAUGCGUCUCGCUUGUUGUCUCCAUGUCUUGCUUCCAGCCUCUGAACUCCGCAGUUAACACACACCGGUUGAAGGAACCAGGAGUGUAAUUGAGAUUCUGAUGAGAAAAUUCAGCCACAUCUUUUGUCACAAGGAUGUUGAAAUGUGAAUGAGAUGACAAAAUGUGUGUGUGUACAUAAUAUCCAUUAAAUGUAAUAUUUGGCAUUAAUCAUUGUUAUAAGCUAUCUUUUCAUUUUGAAUGUCUGUAGUUUUC